GUAGUUGUUCAUGCGACUGGUGGGCUACUAUCAGUGUACACACGUAGAGCGGCGCAGAACACUCUGUUAUCAUGCAUUUUCAUCGAAGCGCGAGAGAAUGAACUCAGUUAGAAACCGAAAGUAGGACUGUCGGGUUGAACAGAGCAGCUUUUGCCAUAGAUAUUUGGACAGGUAUAUUAUCUGUGAUGCGUUUGAACUGAUAUUUCCUGCAUCUGAUAUUUGCGUUUGAGAUACGUACUAUAGCUACAUCGUUCUUUGACAAUACAUCAAAAAACAAUUAGAUAUGGCGUUGAAAAUGUUAACUAAUAUAUGUCGUGCGCGAGGAUUAAGUAAUCUUGUGGGAGCUCUGCGUGGUUUAGCUUCUGCUCCCAAUCAACCCUCAUUCAACUGGGAAGAUCCUCUGAAUUUAGAAUCACAACUGCGAGAAGAUGAAAUCGCAAUCAGGGAUUCGUUUAGAUUGUACUGCGAAGACAAACUCAUGUCGCGUGUUAUUCAAGCCAACAGAGAUGAAGUAUUUCACAAGGAAAUUAUGAAAGAACUGGGAUCUUUUGGUGUGCUUGGCUGCACCAUUAAAGGAUACGACUGCGCUGGGGUCGGUAACGUAGCGUACGGACUGUUAACCCGCGAAGUGGAACGCAUCGAUUCUGGAUACCGAUCCGCCUUCAGUGUGCAGAGUUCACUUUGCAUGGGUGCUAUUUACGACUACGGCAGUGAAGAACAAAAACAAAAAUAUCUUCCUCGAAUGGCCAAAGGAGAAUUAAUAGGUUGCUUUGGUUUGACAGAACCUAAUCACGGUAGCGAUCCAUCUUCGAUGGAAACGCGAGCAGUGCAUGAUCCGAAAACUAAGACCUAUGUGAUAUCUGGAAGUAAAACCUGGAUUACUAACUCACCUGUUGCGGAUGUAUGCAUCGUCUGGGGUAAAACAGAGGACGGAAAAGUUCGGGGUUUCAUCAUUGACCGAGCAGAAAGUUCACAGGGCUUAUCAACACCAAAAAUCCAGGGAAAGUUUUCUCUGCGUGCCUCAGACACCGGUAUGAUUCUCAUGGACGAAGUUCGCAUUCCAGAGGAAAAUAUACUGCCAAACGUUUCUGGUAUGCGGGGUCCAUUCGGUUGUUUAAAUAACGCACGGUACGGUAUUGCCUGGGGCGCACUUGGCGCAGCCGAGUCAUGUCUUAAACUGGCUAGAAAUUACACAUUAGAUCGGAAACAGUUCAACCGACCUUUAGCAGCCAACCAGCUGAUGCAAAAGAAGAUGGCUGAUAUGCUGACUGAAAUUCACCUAGGCCUUGCGGCAUGUUUACACUUGGGUCGUCUGAAGGAUCAAAAGCUGCAUAACGCAGAAAUGAUUUCAAUGCUGAAACGGAAUAAUGCUGGUAAGGCACUGGAGAUCGCUCGUGUCGCAAGAGACAUGCUUGGAGGAAACGGUAUCUCCGAUGAGUAUCACAUUAUUAGACAUGUUAUGAAUCUGGAAGCGGUAAAUACCUAUGAAGGGACACAUGAUAUUCAUGCGCUGAUUUUAGGUAGAGCGAUUACAGGAAUUCCAGCCUUUUCGUGAAAAGUUCGCAAAUGAUAUUUUUGUGCAUUUAAUAAAAAGUUACGAAACAGUUAUA